AUGGAUUGGGAACAAAGUAACUUAGAAGAAGUCCAAGGUUUUGUAGAUAGGAAUGGGGUUUCAAACAUUGAAGAACUUUUUAAGAACAAACUGGAAGGUUGGCGAGACGUCGAGGUGAACAUAGCAAUCACUGGCAGCUCUGGAGCUGGAAAAUCGAGUUUUAUCAACGCGAUACGAGAGUAAGUACAAUGGAAGUAUUUCAAAAUCACGCUGUAAAUAAUGUGGCUUAUUAUAUUAUACUUCUUACAUUAAAGAACUUUCGAUUUGAAGAAAAUAAAUACAAAAACAAAGGUAAAACCAAGUAUUACGAAGCAAGGCUUUUCCCAGUUGGAAUCAAGGGAAAGCUUCAGUAUUUUUCCUAUGAGAGAAGCCGAUAAUCGGCUCCUGGUAGAGUAUAUUUUUUAUUAUUACUUUUCUUUACCUGGUAGAGUUUCUUCAAUUGAAUGAAUUAACUUUUAUGAACUUUACCUACUUUCACUUUACUAACAUGAUAAAAGAAGAUAGCCGGAAGUUGAUGAAGCGAGCCACUACUCCGAGUUUCAAAUCCUGAAAAAAACAAACCGAGAAAGAAAUUUGGGUCAAAGACUUCUCUGUUCCCAAUAAUAUUUAGUUAGCCGUGUUUUAUCGGUCGGGAGCCUAAACUUCUAACUUAUUGACCAAUGCAUAAUCAUUUAAUGUGAUCCGAUCGAACGUAUCAUUAACAACUCAUUGAACGGCUAGCACUGAACAUUUCUGAGUUCAGAAACCUGUCUUUACCAAUUCUGCGUCAAUACUUGUUCAAAAUCAUACUAUACAUCAAUAUUGAUGUGUAAGAUAUGUAGUAACAUUAGUAUAUGUCUUCAGGUCGCCUUUUGGCGGCCAACUACUGAGAGAAAUAUAGUCGCCAGUUUGAAUUGUAUAAUGCAAAUGACGCAGCUCACAGUUAGUGGCGCGAUCCAUCAGAUUUGAUUCUUUGGACAGAAGUCGGUAUAAAUUUGGAGGUUAUUCUUACAGUCUUUUCAGAUAACUCGAAUCUUCAAAGGAAAUCGAAAAAAGUUCGAGUUAUCAGGAGUUCGAAGAAAACAAUUAGAAAUAAGAAAAUGGAAUUGGGGUGGAAUGCAAGUAUCAUGCACACUUCACUUUAAGGGCAGCAAGAUGUAUGCUGCUACAGUAUUUUGAAAAAGGAAUUAUUAAAAAAAUAAAGCUUGUACAGGGCUAAACAUUGUAUUUAAACUGGACUGACAAAAAGGAAAGACAAAUAAUACACGGUUUUUUUGAAAUAAAUUCAAUGUUUUGAACCGCACUUUACUGCUUUUUUUCGACUUGUCACCAUGGUAAUAGAAAGACUGGAUAGGAAACUUAUGUCACGUGGGCUGUUUUCUUAUCGCCAAUUAGUUGUUUCGCGAUCCAAGAUGGCGUUGCUAGUGGUUCCAUCUUGGUGGAAAUUUGUGACGAAACGAUGGCGAAAAUGUGGCGCAAACCAGUCGAAAUGAAGGAUUUGUUUGCCGGCAUGCGUAUCAAGAAAAGCGACCUGAAUUCGAGAGCAAUAGGUAUUGUUUUGUAUUGUUAUUUUUUAUCGUUUCUUGCCUUUUAAGGACAAAACGAUCAAUCACAGCACGAAAAAAGACAUUUAAGUGAGCGUAAUGGUGGCGUAAAGUUCUCAUUUACGUAACUUUACGACCCAUUUACGCCACGUAAAGUCGAACUUUACGCUACCUUUACGCACAUGCGUACAGGUAUCGUAAAGAGACCGAUUAAGCUCUGCGUAAAGUUGGUGUAUAUGCGCUUUAAAGUAGAGACUUAAACCAGCGUAAUUGAAGCGUAAAGUUGGUGUAAAGAUCUUAUUAAGACAAUGCUUUUACGCGUUAAGCGGACACGCAAAGGAGUAGUAGUUUUAAAAAUAGGGCCCCUUUCCGUUUCCAAUUUUGCAUUACCAUAACCAAUUUUCAAAUUGCCUAUCUUUAUUUUUACAUUUCAAAUCCCAUGAAAAUCGCCAGGUAUGCUACCUUGUUGUAACUGCAAAAGAUGCAAAUACGAUUCUUUCGCAUUCUUUAGGUGUAGUCCCGAAAAGAGUAAUCUUACAAGGUUUUAAAAAACAAAACACACUGAUACUCUAAAACUGAAUUUUUUAAAUAUAACAUGAUUUAUUUCUGUGUUAGCAUCUUUGUCAUUACAUUAAAAAUUUAAAAAGAAAAAACUUUUUCCAACACCUAAGGUUUAAAUAAGAAGAUACAGUGUACAUAAACUUUUCAAAUGGGUCAAAACAGUCCUCUCAAAAUAUAAAAAAAAUCAUCUUAACUUAGUAUUAUACCAAAUUAAGAUGAUUUAUAGUUUAAAAUAAUUAUUAGUAUUUACAUGUAAGGUACAAGAAAACUAAUGAAGUUAAAUUUUGAUAAAAAACAGCAACUCUAACACACAAAUUAAUGUAAAGGUGGGUCAACAUGGUAUCUUCCAAAAUGAAACUAUUUAGUACAAUUUAGCAUAAUUCAAAUUAAAAGCUUAAACAUAUUUAGAUAAGAAAUAAAAAGAGUGAAAGCUUAAUACAUUUAAAACAUUGAUGGUUUCUUGAUUUAGCCCUUUCACUCCCAGAAGUGUUUACAGUCAAAUUUAACAAAAAAAAUCCAAAUAACAAAUCAUUUUCAUAAACUGAUGAUGUAAAAGUUCGAUGCACAAGGCUGUCAUUAAGAUUGCAAGUUGCAGGGCAAAUGAAAUUAGUGAGCGGGACAUUGAAAAUGUGGCAAGUUGUUUAUGUUUUAAUAAAUUUUCCUUUCGUUUCCCCUCAAAAUAGCCAAGUAUUGGGCUCAAGGUAGCCAAUUUAAAGUCUGGUUUAUGGCCCUUAGUGACAGCCCUGGAACCACAUUACAAGACUAAGGCUUGUGUAACAUGUAUUAAUCGUGUUUGCUUUGGGAGGACUUUCUGUCACCAACAUCCCAUACCAGGCUGAUCUGCUGAAUAAAUAGAAAGCAAGUGUUAUUUGAGUAAACUACACAGAUUACUUGUGGGCUAAUGAUAAUACACUUAAUUGGGCACUAAAGGCACAAGUACAUGUACAGUAAGGGGGUGUUUAUAUGAGAAAACUCACACCGGCGCGAGUCUCAUACCGGGAUGACUUUUUGAUUUCCUAGCGGGUUUACAUUAUGACUGAGUCAUUUCAUAUCUCAUUAUUUGAAGGUACACUUCAUGUUGAUAAAAUACAAGUGUGAUUCAAAAUCGCAAACAUUACGCAUGCGCUACCUAUUCCAGUCUACCGGGGGUGACUUGCGCCGACAUGACAUUUUGUGGUGGUAUCAUGUAAACAAAAUAAUAUAGAGCCAUGAGAGGGAACCGGAGUGAACACACUCUGGGGCGAAAGAUGCCCCAGUGUCAUGUAAUCACCCCCUAAGUUGCCAGAGGACACUGCCUACUAUUACUAAUUAAUAAUAUUUUUUCCUGCACUUAUGGCCAAAUUACUACAAUCAGCACAAUUUUCACAAACCAAGACUAAAAAUUUGAAAAAAAAUUAUCAGGCAUUUUCCACAAGGGGUCUAAUAACAGUGCAAAACCUGAGCAGCAAAUGAUUUCAAUGUCUACAAAUUCACACAACUGAAUAAGAUUCAUCUGACUGUUAAAGAUUCAAAAUGUUUGACUAGUAUGAGUUAAAGGCUUUCCUUAAAAGCAAAAAUAUUUACAUUUAGAACCCUACUUGCAGUUGAGUGAAAAUCAGGGUAAAACGCUACAUGGAAACCCUAUAAUAAUAAUAAUAAUAAUAAUAAUAAUAAUAAUAAUAAUGAACUUUAUUAAAGUCUCAUGUCUUAUAACACAGGCACAGUGCCUUACUAAUUGGGGAGACUGAAGCAUAUAUAUAUGUUAAAUUUAUUAACAAUGGUUUAUUAUAUUAUUAGAGUUCAAUGUUUUACAAUGUAUAUCUUUUUUUAUUUUCAUGUAUACAUUUUUAUAAAAGUAUCAUCCAUUAAUAUUGUUGUAAAGUGCUAUGAAAAACCACUGGAUGCACAUUAUUAUUGUUAUUAGAGAGUAAGCAGCGUGCAAAGGAAAUAGUGUCCGAUAGCCCGGGGCUAGUGGAUUUUGCUAUCGCGCUAGUGAAUUUUGAACUUAACUUGCCCGACGGGCAAGUGAAGUUUUUUGAGGAAUUCAAAUUAAAGAAGAACUGUGAAAUCAAUUCAAUCUGCUCAUCAAAACAUUUUUGGGGCUAGUUGAAAUGACAUUUGAGCUAGUAUAUACUAGCUUCAGCUUGCCCGCAUGGAAAGCUCUAAAAAUCACUUUCUUUGCACCCUGGUAAGAGAGAGAUUUUCCUAUCCACUUGUCCUUCACACAAGCAAUACGUUAAAUUUGGUUGUCCGAAACCCAGAGCUCUUGUCCAAAAAGUUUACCUUGCAACGGGCAUUUAAUGUUUUUAAUCACAUUAUUUAAUCACAUUAUUACCCUUGUAUAUUAUUUUUGAAUUAAACCUACAACAGAGCCCGUAAAAAAGCAAAUGGAUGAAAUGACUGGCAGUGGAAUGGCAAAGUUAAAAGGAAUAUUUAAGGCAACCGUUUCUUAUCUUUAUUUUUCUAAUUAAAAAUGUGCUUGUCCCACGGACAAGUCAUAUCAAAGGUUUACAUGUCUGAACUAAAUUUCUACCAGUCCUGGACUUAAGUUCCAAAUCAAUAAACAUUCCCAGCCUUCUCAUGAACUCCACCAAAGACUUUCAGGGAAAAAUAUACAAACAUAUACCUGGGUGCAAAGAAAAUCACUUUUACAGCUUGUCAUUCGGGCAAGCUGAAGCUAGCAUUUACCAGCCCAGACGUCAUUUCAACUAGCCCCAAAAACGUUUUGACAAGCAGAACUGAAUUGAUUAACAAUUCUUCUGUUAUUCGAAUUCCUCAAAAAAUAUCACUUGCCCGUCGGGCAAUUUAAAAACAGAAUUCACUAGCCUUCGGAUAGCAAAAUCCACUAGCCCCAGGCUAUCAGACACUACUUUCUUUGCACACUGCAUAUAAGCACCUUAUUCCCAAAAGUUUCAAAUUUUCCUGAAACUUUACCUAAUAUACAUAUUUUUUUCCUUUUUAAUACGAAACGUUCAAGGUUCCUAGUUAAUGUAACAGGAGUGAAGCCACCUUGCUAUUUACAGCCCUUAUCCUCAAUCUUGAAAACAAUACCUCCUAAUAAUAAUGUACAGUGUACCCUGUAAAGAAAGCAGCCUAUUUUCUUUCCUUGCCACCAGGGACAUUUCACAAGAGAGACAGUUGUAUUUGCAGAAUAAUAAUGGUGUAUGUAGACAAGAGAAUCCAAAAAACAGCUAUGACUGCUAUGACUCUCUUAAGAGUCUUAUCUUUCACAACUUGUUUCUUUAAAUUUUAUUUUCCUUUAAACUUAGAUUUACUGACGACACAACUAUGGUGCAAAUAGAACAACUUCUGGUUUCUAACAUGAAUGAUGAUUGUGUGCUUUGCUUCCCAAAAAUUAAGGCAUUCAAUUUCCUGACAGUAUGUACUGCACUGUAUCCUCUCAAGAACCACAAUAUAAUUUCAUAAGAGCAGUGCACAAUAAAGAUUGAAAUGAAUGGUAAUAUAUGACAUGAAUCAUACUUUGAACUGCAGAUGAAGGUAUGAAACUGUGAAGAUGUUACCAACUAUGUUGGCACUUACAUGAAAAUACAUUCUAAUUACUGGGCUGCCUGUGCGCCCAGUCAUAAAAUGGGCUUUCGGUCGUCGGUGUCAAAAAGUGGUCUCCCGGGGGAGGGAACACACGAGGGUCUGGUACCGAGAAACGAUGUUCUCACAAAUGGUUUCAUGUGAGUUUCUCUUGCACGAACCCUUGCACGGAUACUUUUUGUACCUCGUCUGCGCUCCCCCUGAAAAACCCACAAAGCGUUGCGAACCUGAAGAACGCUAUUUGCGUUGUUCGAAGCGAUUCGAUCAUGGGAGUCACUCUAUAAUUUUUUUAUUGUUCGAGUUUAAGUCAGUUAGAUGAUGUUGGCGCUGGAAAACUCAGAGAAAUGCUCGCGUUGCAUUCAAACCGACACGCUGUUCACGGUAGGUUCACACUAAAAGAUGACUGUGAGCGUCAGGUUUGGAACGCCGUGGCCGCUUCGUGAACGCAAAGAGAGAAUUAUCGAUCGAUGUAGUACAUGAGCAAUUAAGAAGCACAAUUUAUGAGCAAGGUAUUUCACCAGUUGACGACACUAUGGCUGAAGACUUGAUUGUAAGACUUCGUAUUCAGUGAAGCGAACAACUCAGUUGCCGAUGAAUGGCACUACGCACGUCUAUGAGCGAGGGACGUGAUAAUUUUGCCAUGUUAGAAGACUGGCUUUUCCUUUAAAUAUUUCCUUCUAUUUAAUGCAACACUAGCCUCCCACGCAGGCAUUCUUAGGGGAGCCCGUAUUUCUUCCCUCCCCACAAACGCCUGCUCAACAGAGGACAACACGCCACUUUGGAGGUCUUAAUUUCGGAUACUGAGGAUAAAGAAGACACGGACAAAAAUAGGGACAGGGACUCUGAGAAUUUCGCGCACAAUGCACAAGUCAGGGGCACCCAACGAGAAUUUAGUUCAAAACCGCUAAAACAUAGCAUUGUUAAACGUAUUUGGUAUUUAAACGGUCAUAUAGGCAUACUUUUAUCCCCUAAAAAUUUUUCAUCUGUUCGGAUUUCCUAGCUGAAAGUCUAGUGAUCCGAAAAUUAUAGGGAUCAAAACUUACCUUUCCAAAAAUUUCAGCCAGAAAAAAGGCUCCCGAAAAUUCUAGGUGACCUUUUUAGGGUAAAAAUCCGUUAAAAAUAGGCAAUUAUACCAUAUUUUAGAUGUUCGAAAAUCCUAGGAGAAGCAGGCAAGCAAGAAAUUUUACAACAAAUGUUCCGAAAAUUCUAGAUCUCAAAUCGUCUUCCGAACAGAUAUUUUUCCGAACAUUGUCGUUGGGUGCCCCUGACAAGUUUAAAGCUUCACCGGAACAUCCCAUCCGGGAGCUUCACAGAGAGCGACUUGAGGAAAAUAGGAGCUAUUACUGACAAGGUUUGGUGGCUGAGUAGAGCAUACAAGUGUAGCCCACGUCAAGGUUUCAGGGGGUUUGCUUUUGUUUGUAUUUGUAUCUUGCUAAGCUUUUAUCAUUAAAUUUGUACAUGAUCUUGUGAUCACAAUUCUGCGUUUUCGCCCAUUCAGCAAGCACGCUAUAUUGAUGUCAGCAUUAGCGAGUUUCAGAAACAUGCCUUUGAAAGUUUUUUAUCUCUCGUGAUGUUUCUUGAUAUUUCUUUUACCAUUUUAUGAAGAUGUUAAGUGAAGUCACCGCAAAAUGGCAACUUAAAAAAGCGUAUAAUCCAUUUAUCUCGAAACAUAACACACAUGACUUAUACGACCUUUAUUUUCGUAAAGGUGUUUUGAAUACGAACGAACACAGUCAAAAUGUGAGGGGCAAAAAACAGCAUUAAUAUAAAUGAACCAUAGUGUUUUAACUAAUAUAAGGGUCAAUUAUUGUGCAUUGAGAUGAAUCGCUUGAAAAGAGAGACUUCGCUUGAAGAUGUGAUCAGAAGUAAACAAAGGCAUAAUAGUGCGUCACGUUCAGUCUUUUUAAUAUCCAAGGAGUCACUGUGAAUAGUGUUUCCAUAUUGUUUAGCUGGCACAAAAACUUCGCACGAGUUAUAAAGCGGCAUAGUUAUCUUCCAUGAAGAAAAGUUCGUCUUGGGUGAGACAAACAGAACUGGAGCGAAUUUUUAACUCGCAUCGGUAUCAGGUAAAAAAUAUGUUAUCGAUCGUUUCAUCUAUUUACAUUGUUUGAAGUGCGUGCUGGUGAACGCAACAUGCGAGCGAGAAGUCUUUAAACUUUUAUAGGUCUCAAAAUGCAAAGGAUUUUAUUCCGUUAAGUUAGAGAAAAAUACCAUGAGGAAAAUCUUAAAACUGAAUAUUUUUCUUCUUGUGGAAAAAAUAGUGCGUUUUCUUGUAGACUGUGGACCGCAAAUUAGGAUCGCACUUUUCACAAACAUGCGAAUUCCGAAGUUCAGAAGCCAACCGACGAUUGCGUUUUUCGCUGUUGUCAAUCAUCUUAACGGACCUCUUAGGAAACAAAACUCUACUUCACGGGUUCAAAAGGUCAUGGUUUGUGAUUUGUGGAUUUCGAUCCGUUUUGUGUGUUUCUCUGUUUCGAGGUUCGUUGCUUUUGAUCGUAAUUAUGAUUGACGGCAGCGAUAAACACAAUUGUGAAGGUGGCUUUUGAACUUUAGAGUUCGCAUGUUUGUGAAAAGCGCAGUAAAGUCUCCGUGCAGUCAGUGAGGCCCCUGGAUCAGGCGGGAUCAAUGGGGAGUUAACUGUCUGUUUUAGUAUACUUCUGGUUUUCAUAUAAUACAAUAAUUCUGUCUAGUGUAAAUCAGCUCAUUAUACUCGUAGAACGACAACAAUUUUUGGAAUUUCCUGUUACGUCACGUUAUACUGUCACGCUAUAUUUUGGGGCACAGAGGGAUUAGGGGAGGGGUACGUGGAAAUAAUGCAAAUUGUUUCCUGCUUAGAAUUAAUGGCUAACUUGCCUAUUUUUAUUCAUAGUGGUGGAAUUUAAAAGUUAUUAUACAGCCCCCACUUAAAAAUGGUACUCUUUUUUGGGGGUUACGAAAGUCUUUCAAAAGGGUACAAUGUUUUGAAUGAGUUUAUGUUUCAGUCUCACAUGAGGUUCUGUCGCAUGCAAUGGUUGCCGACAAGGUUUUAUGGUAGCCUGAGAGUGUAUAGCCGCCCCCUCCCCUCAGAAAAAAUAGCCCCUUGGCAGCCCAGUUAAAAAUCGCCUUUCGGCGAUUCUUGUUCAACCAUGGUCUGCAUUAGCUAUGCAUUGAAAGACUCAUGAAAAUGUCUACUCAUUCUCUGUUCAUUUAAGUUAAAACCCACGUAAUUUAAAAUCAAAAGUAAACUUUUGUACCUGCUUCAAAAAAUAUAUGCAUGCUGUUAAAUUAUUCACUACUUAUGACCUGGAUUGCAGAGAGGUUUUGUUCGCUAUGACUGCCCGGGGAAUUGGGAAGCUUGGGUUUGUUAUUGACUGACGCAUGAAAAUAUAGAACCAGACUACGUAGAUUAUCUUUGCCUACUUGCAAAUUCAACACUUGUUAAACACUUUCUAUUCUGUUUAUUAGUUCUUCUAUAGUCUUUGAAAAUUUUCUUAAGAAUGUUUGUAUCACAUUACAUGUAAGCUUACUUUGAACUGAUGUUGUUUCUUAAUUCCAUUUCUUUUAGUAAUUCCCAAUACCAGUGACCAAACUCGUAUUUUCCAGUACAAAACAAGGAGAUUCUACUCCUUCAGACCCCCAAAGUCCUUACAUGAUUUGACAUUAUCAUCUUCAUCGCCAUGCUCUCGUUGCUUGCUUAUUAUUGAAAGGUUAUGCCAAAUAAAUACACCUGUUUAGUUGUAAUUUACUUUAAACGGUUAAUGCUGGUUUCACUGCUCACUGAAAUGUUAGUUACUGAGUACUUGACACAGUCAUUCGAACUCAUCAUAAACAAGGUUGGAAUUAAGCUUAAAAAGUUAGAGUCAGAAAAGGCGAUCGAGCCAGGACAACUUACCUUGCCUCACUAUCUGCUCUUUCCAGCGAGAUCUUGAGUAUCGAACAGCCUUAGUAAUACUAUACCUGCCAACUCUCACGCCUUAGGCGUGAGUCUCACGCCUACGGGUUGAAAACUUCGAUCUCACGCCGGCUCACGCCUGCGGGCCAAUUUCUCACGCCUGAUUGAAAAAUGUGAGUUGUUGCCGUCCUGCUUGACACAAUUUCCAAAAAUAUGUUAACUCAGACCCAUGUAAGGAACGAAAACCAUGUGUAAAAUGAAUAAAUGGCAAUACCUUCCUCGCGAUCUCUGAUUUUUGAAGUGAAAAGCACUGGGAGCGAGCUCGCCUUUGGCAGACUUCGGCAGACUUCGGACGUCUUCGGAAGACUUCGGACUUCUUCGGGAAUCUUCGGAAAUGAUCGUGUCGUCUUCAAAAAUCCCAGCACUCCCAGGAUAAAAAUCUCACGCUUAUAUCUCAGAAAAAGUUGGCAGGUAUAUAAUACGUGUAAUACAGUCUUGGUCUCUGUUGUGAACAUUCCAGUGUUAAUGCUUGCGCUUCACACGAUGUUUCUGUCUCCAUUUCUGACUGAGUAUCUCGUCCCGAAAGGGUUGCUCUACACUUGAGAAGUAAUCGAUUACUAAAGGCUGAUAGUGCCAUUAUAAUUUGUAACAACCUUAAGUAUCAAAAAGCAUAAUAUAUGAACGAUCUCCGUUUGAAACCGUUUGACACUUUCAAAAUGGUCGUGACUAGAAUGGAUACUCCAAAAUCAGGUAUCCGCUCGGAGACUGGAACUGAAUAAAACUAUUUUUCGGCAAAUCGCUCCGACUCUUCACGACCUUGUUGUGUUCAAAGAGAUAAGUAUACAAAGACUGAAAAAGGCCAAGAUGCGAAUGGUUACUGCAAAAUAUGGAUCAAAGCCUACAUAGAGGUUAGUUGUUUUUCACGUUCUUUUUGUAAGAAUUUAGUGCAAGGAGCAAACAAUGUCUGCUUAAUUACAGUACCACGACUGCCGUGUAAAGCUUAUUCAUAGCAAAGUAUCUGUUUGGAUAGCUCAGAAUAAGGUGGAUACUUCAGAAUAAGAAUGGCCGAAAUAUGGAAGUUUUGGCCAUCUGGAUUAUUAUCACUGAACUUCCCAAUAUAAACAUGAUUGUUACGUUUACAAAAAGGGUACAAAUGCAGUCAAUUAUUGUGUAAUUAUGGCUCAGUUAAUUCGAAGCUUGCUUAUAGGAUAGCAGGCCGGGGGGCGGGGGUGGGGGUACUCGACCAAUAUUUGGGUAUAGGUGAGCCGCUGAGGGUUUGAAACCCAUACCCUGUUUAGGAUAACACACUCAACUUUAGUACCCUGAUAGGACAACAACCCCCUCAGAUGGGGACAAGGUUAUCAAGCACACCUGUCAACUUGUGCCAAACUGUAUACCCUGUUUAGGACAGAGAGGACGAAAACCAUACCCUGUCCAGUGGCACAUCCCCGUGUAGGCCAUAUAAGGGAGUACCCCCAGGGAUAGCAGACAGUUGUUCAAUUUAUGGCUCAACAUAAACUAUUUCUGUUUUCUUAUAUAUUAUGGUUGAUUUUUUUUUUCAGUAGUAAGUUGCUGUUUAGUUUAGUGUGACAAUAAUGGAUACUUUAUGAGGUUAUAAAAACCAAAGUGACCCUCACAACCUGUGGGAUACAUGGGUCAACCUUUUGGUGCGCUGGGUAUGUGGCACAAUUAGCCAACCAGAACCCAAAUCCUUUUAUAGUCUUUUCUAUGACCAAAAGGCCCAAUGUUGGCUACUUUUGGCAAAUGUAAACUAUGUGAUUCCAAGUUAGUCAUUUUGUGUUCCUGAAUCUGCUGUGUGAACCUUUGUAAUUUCCAGUCACAUUGAAGGUGUUGAAAAGGUAGCCCCAUUAUAGUCCAUCCUGUCAUGAAAUGUUGCCCCAUCCACAGGAAGCCCAGUUUGUUGGACUUUGAAUUUAUAAGAGAAUGUAUGACAAUAAACAAAAUGUGUCCUAAAGUCCAUUUUUUGACAAAAAUAGAAAUAAGAAUGACUUACCUUGUGCUUUUUGUUUUGUUAAGCUAAAACGGCCUGGAUACUCUACUUCAAUAAUUAUUAUUCAUUUAUCAGUAUGUUAGUUAGUUAUUUUGAUAUUAGGCAGGUACCACAAGGAAACGAUUUGGUUGUUCCUUUUUAAUUUAGAUGAUAGACAACUUUGUAGGUGAUAAUUAUUUGUAAUGCACUGAACUGGGGGCCUUUCUCUGCUACUAAAAAAAAAUCUUUAAUUUUAACAUCUUUUCAUAAUAACUGUUGAAAACUCUCAUCUAAAACAAAAGGGUCAAGGCUUAUUUGCUGAAUCAAGGCACUGUAUCGUGGAACACAGUGCUUUUAAGAAUUUUAAGAAUUUUAAUAUUUCUAGAUCAAACCGAGGACAACAGUGCCAAGAAAAUUCUUUUCUGGAUUGAGCUCCUCCAUACCUUAAGGUCUGGAUGAGUGGUUCCUCCCCGUCACCUUAAGGUCUGGUGAGAAUCCUCGCCCCACCCCUCUUAUCUGAAGGUUCAGAUCUGCUACUGUAGGCUCCAGGGCCUAUAUCAGAGCAUAUACAGAGACACUACACUAAUACAAUCUGCAGGACCGUUUUUUUUUUUUAGAAACUUGAGCAUAUGCCUGCCUGCGCUUGUAAUAGUGAUCACCAAGCUACAAGAAGUAUGACCUGAAGUAAAUUAUGUGUUUUUUACUAUUGUUAACGCUUGGAAUCAACUAACCCAUAAAAUUACAAGAUGGUUAACUGACCUUAACUGUAUUUGUACCCUCUUUGUAAACGUAACAAUCAUGUUUAUAUUGGGAAGUUCAGUGAUAAUAAUCCAGAUGGCCAAAACUUCCAUAUUUCGGCCAUUCUUAUUCUGAAGUAUCCACCUUAUUCUGAGCUAUCCAAACAGAUACUUUGCUAUGAAUAAGCUUUACAAGGCAGUCGCGGUACUGUAAAUAAACAGACAUUGUUUGCUCCUUGCACUAAAUUCUUACAAAAAGAACGUGAAAAACAACUAACCUCUAUGUAGGUUUUGAUCCAUAUUUUGCAGUAACCAUUCGCAUCUUGGCCUUUUUCAGUCUUUGUAUACUUAUCUCUUUGAACACAACAAGGUCGUGAAGAGUCGGAGUGAUUUGCCGAAAAAUAAUUUUAUUCAGUUCCAGUCUCCGAGCGGAUACCUGAUUUUGGAGUAUCCAUUCUAGUCACGACUGUUUAGUCCAAAUUUUAUUUUGAUUUAUUUUUGCGUUCACUUCCCUUUUGGACACUACGUGACUACUUAUAUCAUGUUAGUUUCGGAUGGUCACAUGACCACAGCAAAACCAGAUCACCACGUGUUUUCAAGUGUAGUGUUAUAGAGCAAAUGUUUUGAAUUUCUCAUCGAUUGCAUCGCACAGAAUGUAAGUAGUUUUCGCUCUUUAGUGUCGCUUUAGGUUUAUUUAGGUUUUCUUUAGGUUUAUUUGUCAUUUUUGCUUAUUUUAUGUUCAGUUUUCACCGUUCAUGACCAGUGAUCACCGAUCGAACCAAGCACGAGAAACUUGGCGAUUAAAGACAGAUUAAUAGUCCAAUCAACGCGUCGAAAUUUCUGUGUCGACCCCAACAUUGUGAAAAAUUCUGCAAAGUACGAAGAGAAAACUGUGUUUUCACCUGGAUUUUCGAGAAAACGAACGCUCAGAACCGACCGAACGGAAUCGCAGGAAUCUCUGGACUGGACCGCGCGAUAGUGGAUCGCGGAAUGGACCCUGAGGACUCAGCGAGAGGAGCAGUUGGAUACUCCCUACGCCAGGACCCCGUACCAAAUACUCAAAUUGAUUUUAGUGAACUUGUGCAUCAACGCGAAAUAAGGGAACAACGCAGACUUGCAUCUUUGUGGAACAAGGAAUCUAAAGAAGUUGCCUUUGAAACACAGCAGCUCCAAACUCUCCUCUACACUAACUGGGAGCACUUGUCCGCCCGCAAAAUAGUAGAUCAUUUAGCUAUCAUUUGGAAAUCCUUUGAGACUGUACACUCGAAGUACCUGCCAGGCAUACGUGACAGCAAACGACUACAAGAAGUACAACAAAGGUUCAAGUCCCUCAAAGAACAGAUGAUGUUUACAAUAGAAGAAUGCGAAACGCAAAUACGGACUGAUCAAGAAACACAAGAACGUGAUGAUGAACGCUCCAUUAAAAGUCACAAGUCGCACCAGUCUCAGAGCUCCACUACUUCAAGAUCCUCUUCGUCGUCCCGGAAAGAAAGGUUUAGAGCCAUGCUUUUAGCAAAAAGAAAUUGGAGUUAGCGAAGAGUAGGGCACAAGAGGAAGCUGAGUUGGCGAGGAGCAAGGCUCAACAAGAAGCCGAAUUGGUCAAAGCAGAGCAUGAGCGGAGCGCCAAGAAGGAAUUGAGACUACUCGAGGACGAAGCCGUUCUAGCUGAACUGGAUUGGAAGAUUGAAAAUGAGUUCGACGAGGAAACUGGUGUUGUUAAUGGUGUGGACAAUAUUGUUCAGACAUCCUAUCCCAUUGAGGAGAAACCACUGGGACAGUCACCUCAAAUUCAACUUGAUGAUUCAGAACCCCGAACACCAAAAAUCCCAGCACCGACACCCAAACCUUCACUGCCUCUUAUACCUGUCAGUUGCUCCACCCCCCAAGACACAGCACCUGGUUCGUGCAAGGAAAAGCCAGCCACUGAGGUCAAAUCCAAUAUUGCCGAUACUGCAAACAAGGGAGCACUGCCAGUCACUGAAUGCCAGCAGCCACCAUACCAAGCCCCACGAACCUUCCAGUAUAGACCUAAGUCUCAGCCAGAAGACAAAGUAAUAGAGCAAGCCCCUAAAGACCAUGUAGCAGCCAUGUGGAAGGUACAGCUUCUGAACGGAAUCUCUCCUACACCCUUUAAUGGCAACCCAGCAGACUUCCCGUUCUUCAAAGAACAAGCACAUACUCACCUUGAAAGUGAGCUACUAACUGAUGCGCAGCGGGUAGAGUACUUACCGAAGUUCCUGAAAGGAGAAGCCUUGGAGGUCAUCAAAAGAAACCGAGGCUCCUCCUAUAGUGAGCUAAUGAAGAUCUUAGAGGAACGCUUUGGUCGCCCUAUUCAGGUGACGCAAGCCUGCAUCGAAGAGUUAGUCUCAGGCCCCAAACUUGCCUAUGGUGACAACAUGGGUCUGCUUAAUUUUGCCGAGAAGCUGAACACUUCAACCAAGGUUCUGAAGGGAGAUGUGGAACGCGAAGCAAGCGUAGCUACCAAUUUAAGAAGAAUCGUAAACAGACUCCCAAAUGAUUUAAUCACCAAGUGGCAGACCGAAAACUACGAGAUUGUUAGCCGUGGUGGAACUGCACGACUAAAGGACAUUGCAAAAUUCGUGAAAAGGCAAGCGUCAAUAAGGAAUGACCCAGUGUUUGGAAUGCAGCCGCAAAGGGGAGAAAACAGGACAAACAAGUCCCCCCAAAGCUUCUAAAGGAUCGGACCUGCCCACGAAAAACGCUACGAUCAACGCCACAUCGCUUAAGAACGCCCCCAAGAAAGAGAACUCUGCAAACUGUGCAAUUUGCAAGUCUACUCCCCACCGACUCCAGGAGUGCCCAAUCGUCAAACAGUGUGACCGUGUAGCCGUGCGUCGACAAUACGCAGCAUCGUAUGGGUUCUGCUUUAACUGUGGUUGCCAUAAUCCCGAUCACAGUGGUACUUCCUGUCCUGAGCCACCAGCUUGUUCUCUGUGUCCUGGACACCACUUACCAAUACUGCAUAGGGACAACAACAAUGGACGCAGAACUCCUGGAAACAAGAACACUCAUAACCCCACUAACCGAUACAGUACUCCGACUGCUGACCCAAUAACCCGGCAACCACAAAUGGAGCAAGGCACAAGACAGCCGCCCAGCGACAGGCCACAGACUUCGAUUACAUCUGCCGGUGUCAGCACCACAAGAGCCCAAGUUUUGUUAAAUGUAGUUCCUGUAACCAUUACUGCAGAGAACGGUGGUUCCCUUUCUACAUAUGCAUUUCUUGACAAUGGGUGUACCGAUACCCUCAUUGACAAAGAGCUUGCUGAUCAUCUUGACCUGAAAGGGAUCUCGGAGCAAAUCGGGAUUAAGACUAUUACGAACAGUGAGGAGCUGGUGGAGAGUCGACGCGUUUCCUUUACUCUCAGUCCUGUAGAAGCAUAUGGUGAAGACAUUGAUGUUAAUGAAGCUUACGUUCUCCCCUGACCUGAACCAAUCAGAACGAGUUUUGCCGGGGACGGUAGAUGUCCAUAAGUAUCCGCACCUUCAAGACCUUACAUUCCCAGUGGUGGACUUUAAACGAGUCUCGAUCAUUGUGGGGAGUAACGUCCCUGUUGCACACUUGCAGAAGGAAGUCAGAAUCCCGAAAGACAACAAGAGCGGCCCCUACGGUUAUCGGUACCCUCUCGGUUGGAGCAUUUCAGGUCCAUUGACUAUCGCUGGGACAAGAAGAGCUGAGCUCAAUUUCAUCUCUGUUGGACACAAACCUGACGACUUUGUUGAAAGGUUUUGGAAGAUCGAAGACUAUGGAACAUUGAAAGCAGGAGAGAAGCCCUUAUCUGUGGAAGACAAACGAGCCCUAAAAAUCAUUGAAGAAACUACUACCUUUGUAGACGGGCAUUAUGAAGUUGGCCUACUAUGGAAGGAAGAUCAGCCAAAGCUGCCAAACAAUCGCAUUUUAGCUGAAAGACGAGCAGAAUUGCUUAGACGACGCCUGACCAAAGCAGGAAAUGAGCAAAUGGCUGCUAAGUACCGUGGAGUCAUGACUGAGUACAUCUCGAAGGGCUAUGCACGCAAAUUGUCCCCUGAAGAAGCAGCUAGAGAAAGCUCGAUAACUUGGUACUUGCCUCAUCAUCCAGUGACCAAUCCCAACAAACCUGACAAGCUCCGUAUCGUCUUCGAUGCCGCAUCUGAGUAUGAAGGAACAUCUCUAAACAAGAAUCUCGUUCAAGGGCCAGACAUGACAAACAGUCUCGUUGGUGUGCUGCUGCGAUUUCGACAGGGGCAUGUAGGGGUAGCCGCUGAUGUCGAGGCAAUGUUUCAUCAAGUGCGUGUGCGUAAACAAGAUCAAGAAGCUCUACGAUUCCUCUGGUGGACAGAUGAUUACGACAAACCCCGGAUGUCUAUGUUAUGGAAGUACACAUAUUUGGAGCAACCUCGUCCCCUUGCGUUGCAAAUUCGGCCCUGAGAAGAACAGCCAGUGACAAUGCUGAAAGGUUCAACCCGCAAGUUGUUGCAACUGUUGACAGGAACUUUUAUGUUGACGAUGCUCUGCCAUCCUUCAGUGAGGAGAAUGCAGCAUCUACUGUAGCAUCGGACCUAGUGAAAAUCCUGAAUCACGGUGGCUUCAACCUUACAAAAUUCAUGACGAACAGUAAGAAUGUUUUGGCAACCAUUCCCACCGAGAAAAGAGCCUCACCAGAUCUGAAUCUUGACUUAGACGAACUGCCAGUGGAAAGGGCGCUAGGGAUUCGCUGGUUUGCUGAAACAGAUGAGCUUGGAUUUGACAUCAAGAACUUGAAUCGACCCGAAACAAAGCGUGGAGUACUGUCCGCCGUUUGUUCCCUGUAUGACCCUCUUGGGUUUGCUGCGCCUGUGGCCCUUACUGCCAGAGUAAUUAUCCAGGAUAUGUGGAAGGCUAAGGUAGACUGGGACCAGCCACUCGAAGAAAACUUCUUAGCCAGAUGGAAGUCUUGGACCUCACAGCUGUCAUCCCUCUCUGCACUGCGCAUCCCACGUUGCUACUUGCCAGCUGAAACAGAUGCUUCCAAAUGCAAACUACAGCUGCAUAUCUUCUCUGAUGCCUCUGAAAUUGGCUACGGUGCAUCUGCGUAUCUAAGAGUCGAGAAUCCAGAUGGGUCUAUUCACUGCUCGUUUGUUGUGGGGAAAGCAAGAAAUGCACCUGUCAAGUUCACAAGCAUUCCAAGGCUUGAACUCCAAGCUGCUGUUCUGUCUACACGCUUGAAUAAGAUGCUGAGAGAAGAGUUGGACCUUCCUAUUCAGAGCACCAAGUUCUGGACAGACAGCGAAAUAGUUCUCCACUACUUGAAGAAUGAAAGGCGUCGUUUCCAGACCUAUGUCGCUAAUCGAGUCGAAGAAAUCAGAGGAAACUCACAGCCAGACGACUGGAACCACGUGCCAGGUGUCUUGAACCCAGCCGACGAUGCGUCACGUGGCUUGAACCCCUCUGAGCUAAACCUUGAUCACCGCUGGCUACGAGGACCAGAGUUCUUAUGGCAACCUGAAUCCUUUUGGCCCAACGCAAGCCUUCGAGAAGUCCCCGAUGAAGGCCUAGAGCUUAAGAAAGAAACCCAUGCUAACUGUACUGACAUAAACACCAAUGUCAAGACCCGCCAGGCAAGCGUACAGUCUAAUUGCCCCCCCGCCACACCUGUUGAGACCACCAUGCAACAAAUAAUAAGCACCUCCUCUGAUUGGAACCGUCUCAGACGUCAAGUGGCUUGGCUCACACGCUUCACUCAUUUCAUCCGUGACCGGAAGACUGUCCACACAGGUCAUCUGACUUUAGAAGAUUACGAUGCUGCUACCUUAUCCAUCGCAAAGAUCGUCCAGCACGCAGCCUACGAUCAAGAGAUCAAGGAUCUAAAGACCAGGGGCGAAGUCAGGGGAUCCAGUAAGAUCGCUAGUUUGAACCCAAUGCAAGACGACCAUGGUGUUUUGAGAGUCAAGGGACGUAUAGCAUCACCACCAGCUGCUGACACUGCCAGGAAUCAAAUAAUACUGCCCAGAGAUCAUCCAGCGACAGUCCUGAUGGUCCGCCACACCCAUGCAUCAAUUGGUCACCUGGGGCGUGAACACCUCAUAGCAAGGGUUCGAGAGACGUUCUGGAUCCCACAAAUAAGGGUGUUAACUCGUUCUGUCCUGGGUCGGUGUCUUGUUUGUAAGAAGUUGAAUGCCAAGCCGAUGACUCAGCAAAUGGCUCCCCUGCCAAGAAGCCGGAUGAUGGCGUACGAACCCCAUUCUCCUACACAGGAAUGGAUCUAUUCGGUCCUUUAUACGUCAAGCAUGGAAGAGGAACAGCCAAACGGUGGUGCUGCUUAUUUACCUGCCUAACGACACGUAGUGUACAUCUUGAAUUGGUUCACUCGAUGGACACAAACGACUUCAUAAUGUGUCUGCGACGAUUUAUGAACCGUCGUGGUGAAGUGACUGAACUAAGGUGUGACAGAGGAUCAAAUUUUGUCGGCGGUGAACGAGAGCUGAGAGAGUCGAUCGAGCAGUGGAACCAGCAACAAAUUGUGCAAGAGCUUCUACAACGAGGGUGCAAAUGGGUCUUCCAGCCGCCAACUGCUUCUAGCAUGUCUGGGAUUUGGGAGCGGAUGGUGCGAAGUGCUAAGACUGUUCUGAAGUCUAUCCUAGGGACCCAAGUAGUUACGGAAGCAGUUCUUCAGACGCUGUUGACUGAAGUUGAACGAGUGUUAAAUGGGCGAGCGCUCACCGCCAAUUCAGACGACCCAAAUGACCUUCAGCCACUCACGCCAGCGCAUUUCUUAAUGCAGAGGAAGACUAUCUGCCUACCCCCUGGCAUAUUUGAGAAAGCAGAUCAGUAUCACAGAAGGAAAUGGAGGCAGGUACAAUUUCUGGCAGACCUAUUUUGGAAGAGGUGGUUGCGUGAGUAUUUACCUACCCUGCAAGCCCGAGGAAAGUGGAGAAAGGUCUUACCUAACCUGAAGCCGAAGGCCCUUGUCCUGUUAGUUGAUGACAACGUGCCGAGAGGAUGCUGGAAACUUGGACGAGUCCUAGAGGUCUUCCCUGGCCCCGACGGCCUGGUGCGCACAGCGAAAGUCAAGACAAAGGACUCUGUGUUCAUCCGACCUAUUCAGAAGCUAUGCUUACUGGAGAACGAUCUUGAGAAUAAUUAGUCUAGGCUAGUGACGUUGGGCCUACCUACUGGGUUGUCCCAAGGCCGGCGGAAUGUUUAGUCCAAAUUUUAUUUUGAUUUAUUUUUGCGUUCACUUCCCUUUUGGACACUACGUGACUACUUAUAUCAUGUUAGUUUCGGAUGGUCACAUGACCACAGCAAAACCAGAUCACCACGUGUUUUCAAGUGUAGUGUUAUAGAGCAAAUGUUUUGAAUUUCUCAUCGAUUGCAUCGCACAGAAUGUAAGUAGUUUUCGCUCUUUAGUGUCGCUUUAGGUUUAUUUAGGUUUUCUUUAGGUUUAUUUGUCAUUUUUGCUUAUUUUAUGUUCAGUUUUCACCGUUCAUGACCAGUGAUCACCGAUCGAACCAAGCACGAGAAACUUGGCGAUUAAAGACAGAUUAAUAGUCCAAUCAACGCGUCGAAAUUUCUGUGUCGACCCCAACAACGACCGGUGUCCCUUCACUCUAUUGUUUCCAGGGGCCCGUUUCUCGAAAGUCCCGAUAAUUAACGGCCCCGGUAAGCUGUCUCCAUUUACAUUAAAGAUCGAGGUUUCAAAACUUUUGCAUCAAGCAUGAUAAAACUAUCAGUUAGUGAAACAAAAUGGAGUAGUUUGCUAGCCAGGACCCGCGCUCUUAUUCUUUAUAUUUCGAUUUGAAUAUUUGAUUUCGGGCCCGAAAAGUUACCGGGACUGUCGAGAAACAGGCCACAGGCCCUUAAACUGAAAUCCGCGGACUUAAAAUAAGGAAGCGAUAAAGGAGAUUCAACAGUGAAGCCAGUACUCCGUUGAAUGCAAAAUAGUCAGAGUAAUUUGUGAAUGCGUUCUUUCUCUUUAAGUAAUGGGUUCUUUCUUUAAGUAAAACUCGCCGUUUUUGCGCGGCGAUAUUUUUUCUUUAUUUUUCCAAUUAUUUCAAUUUGAUCAAAUUACAGUUGAAACUCUCUACAAGGGCCACCUUAGGGACAUCGAAGAAAGUGGCCAUUGUAGAGAGGUUGAAAGAAGAGUGAAUGUAUGUCAUGUAUAGACCGUUCGCCAAAAAAAAAAAAAAAAUUGGCCCGUGUAGAGAGGUGACCGUUAAGGAAGAGGAGGACGUUAGUUCGGAGGUUCUACUCAAUAUCACAUGAUAUUACCUCAAUUUUUUCUGGAAUUUGGUGAGCUUAAAAUUGCAACAAACUGUACUAUCAAACGCAGUUAUACUGACUGAAAUCAAUGAGGCAAUGCACUGACUCAGUAUUGAAGGCUAUUGUGUUUGCCGCGACAGAUAUGCCGUUUUUCGAAAAUUGCCGAACAGUCGCAAGCUAUAUCUUUGCAUGAACUCUCUGCUAGCAGAAUUUUCUUUUCAGCGUCAUUUUUAAGCGUGUACAAAGUCGUUCGCACCGCCAAAAAAAAAAAUUUGCGUGGUUGGCUUGUUUACAUCGCACACCAACAUCGAACACCAAAUGACUGAUCAAAAAUUAAAGACUAUGCGAACUAGUGUCAGGACAGAAACGACUUACUAAAAACAGUGCCGGGAAUAAAUUCCUGUUAGGAAGGUAGCAUUAUAUGACAACCUUACUAAACCUUUACAUGUAGCGUAAAUGAGCGUAAAGCUGUUACAACAACUUUAUGCUAGCUUUACGAAACCUUUAAGAGCCGAGCGCGUACUGAUUUACCUUUACAAACCUUUACGCGCCGUGGAAAGUUUGCGUAAAGUUGGAUGACCAACUUUACGCAGGUUUACGCAAACUUUAAUUUUGCGUAAAUCUCCAUUUUCAUGCUGUGAAUGGAAACAAUAGCUUUUACGCGCGGCAAAUUUCAACAUUACCGAUUACUUCUUUCCGAUGAGAUUUGAAUUUUCGGCGGGACCGAAGUAAGGAGCAAUUUCACCUUAGGGGGUGGGUAGGAGUGUUAGUUGACUGGCGAAACGGACAACGCAGUAGUGAGGGGUGAGGUGCCGAACAGACGAGAUUUGAGACGAACAAAGCCGAACCGUAUUGUUUAUUUUGCGCUUCGCGUACUGGCUGCAAAUUUUAAGAAAACAUACUUCAUUUUUUAUGCUAAAAUCGUAGUAACAAUUAUAGGGAACUUUAACCACGGAUUGAAUAGAAGGAGCCGAGAACUUACAAUUCGCGGCGCUCUGAUCAGAGGUUUUAACAGCCCGCUUUAUAUUCUGUUACCCAGUUGGCACUGUUUGAAUUCUGCGCCAGGAAAUUUUAUUCUUCAUGUAAAUGACGGUUAUAUUUUACAUUCGUUUGUUUGAACAAGAAUUAACUUUUUUGAAUAAAAAUAACAUCCCAUUGAAUGCAUUGAAGAGCGUGAGUAAACAAUAAAGGAACAAAAUAACACCUUCCACCUCACUGCCAGCGAAGCUUAAAAACACUGUUCUGUGCUCCCGACCCUUGCUGAUAUAAUUUAUUGCUCUUUUCAAGCAAGAUUCUCGCGCUUGGUGCGUAAGUUCUCUAACAUGAACGCGCUCUUUACUUGAGUGAUUUAAAUCUAUAAAAAGCCAAUUUUCAGAUGAAGAUCGAAACACUGAAAAGGAACAGCAAACAAAAGACUGAAAAAAUCGCACCUCCUUUCACCUCACUGCCUACGAAGUUUAAAACACGAUUUUACGGCCCCGCGUCCCUUACUGAUAUAAUUUACUGCUCUUUUCAAGCAAAAUUCUCGCGCUUAGUGCGUAAGUUCUCUAACAUGAACGCGCUGUUUACUUGUGUGAUUUAAAUCUAUAAAAAGACAAUUUUCAGAUGACGAUCGAAACACUGAAAGGGAACAGCAAACAAAAGACUGAAAAAUCACACGUCCUUUCACCUCACCGCCCGCGAAGUUUAAAACACGGUUCUAUGCCCCCGACCCUCGCUGAUAUAAUUUAUUGCUCUCUUCAAACAAAAUUCUCGCGCUUGGUGCGUAAGUUCUCUAACAUGAACGCGCUGUUUACUUGUGUGAUUUAAAUCUAUAAAAAGACAAUUUUCAGAUGCUUAAGUGCCGCUAGCAUAGGCAAAAACAAAAGAAUUGAUAUUCACCUCUCUGAGAACAGUUUUUGCCAGAAAAAACUUUUAAAGGAGGGCUCUUUUAUGUCGUUCAUGUUCAGUUGCAGCGGCGAUAUUUCAUUGCGGCGUAUAGGCCUCAAAGUACGGACUGCGCGCGCAAAAUUUAUACUAGGUCUCUUUCCGCGAUCUUAUUUCGAUUUAAAGUCAUAGUUUUCAAGAUACAAGCGGAUUGAUUCACAAAACAGUUUUAAAUACGCCUUCGUUUAAGUUCCCUGUAAAUCAUUUGCAGUGAAUUUUGCUGUUAGGACUAUUCACUGGUAGGGUUUGUAUUUGGGGCAGGUGCAAGUUUAAAAAUCACACCUUUGUGCGGUAACUGUUAUUGCUACAAAGUAUUUUUAUUGCUGAGUUGUGGUUAUUCGCAUAAAGCAAAUGAUAGGAUGGUAUAUUUUGUAAACUUUCUAAAUAAGGUAGACAAUUAUGUUCUAAAACUGCAAAACAGGGUCGUAAAGUAGUAUCGGCCUGAGUAUAGGCUAGUCCCUUAUCUCCCUUCAUGUGAACAGCUCUAGGUUUAACAUAAAUAACACCACAAAGUUCACUACACUCAGUACCUUUCACGGACAUUACUCUUUUCCACGACGGGAAUAAUCCAGGUAAGCCCUUCUGUACUAUACUGCCCUUUUAAGUUUUGCUACAGCAUACUUAGGCUACGAUCGGUACAUACACAAUCACAUCUGGGUUCUUUCCUGCAAUGAUCCUCUACUUUUCAUAUGCGGGUAGAAUUAAACAGAGGGUCCUUUGCUGUAGAAAAUUUAUAAUCCUCUUUGGUUCGAGCGGCCUGUUCAUCGAACAAUUGCUUGCACUUGCUGAGGGUCGGCUCCAUAAGUUUAGCUUCAGGGCAUGGCAGAAAUACUGCAUCCUUUCCUUACUAAGUUUGGACAGAUUCUCCAAGGGAAUAUUGAUCAAUAUUUCUUCGAAAAAGAAUGCUUUCGUUCGAGUUUUUACUCCGACUAUCCGCCAUUUUGAAACUGGACUUUUAAAAAAGUCCGGGAAAAUCCGUUAGUGCCAGGCCCCCGCGCGGUAUGAAAUUAGGCAAUUAAUUGUUAAUUAAUUAAAUAUCCAGAGAAUGCAAACGCCUUACGUCGCUCCUCGCUCCUCGCACUGAAUAGACCCGAACAAUUUUUGUACUUUUCCCUAAUAUAAACUAAUGAUUGUAGCAUGAAUGGGAAAACACUUACUGACAAUUUUUGGCCUCCGUUUAGGCUCCUAAGUGUUGUUGCUAUUUUUUAAAUAGUGUUUUAGUUUUCCUUUUGUUUGUCUUUUUUGUAGGAUUUGCUGCAAACAUUUAGUCAAUAAAGACAGUAAAACUGUGGUCAAGUACUACUUCUGAGAGGGCACAAAUCAAUCAAUCUUUCUAUAUUAAACAGCAACAAAGUUGCUUUUGUCAUGCAUGAGAGCCAGAAGGUGGCAUCUAAUUUAUUUAUAAUGAGAAGUUGCUUUAAGCCUAAUUCAUCUCUUCUGAAGUGUAUUUAUUACUUCUUUCUGACUGGGACAACUUAACUGUUUGAGGGUCACUGCAUGUAUUAGCUACAUAGUCAUGUGUUUUAGAUUUGGUUAGUGUUCUUCUCUGAAACGGUCUAAAUCUUAAUCACAUUGUUUAUCAAACCAAAGAUGGACUUGAUUAGCACUAUUAUUGUUUUCUUAUCGUCCGCUCCAGCUCUCUGUCGCUCUUUUUCGCGUUGAGCUUCGCUGGCCUGUCGCUCCCUUUUUUUUUUCUCUAUAUUCCAAAUUUGUGGACAUGACAAUUAAUCUAAGCUUGAUGCUUUGGACAACAAGGAUACAGAAACAAUUUCCGCUUUCCGUUUUCGUCUUUACUGACUCUUUAGUUGUCUCUGCUUCACAAGACGAGGGUGGUUAUACGAUUUCCUGCCAAAAUAACCUCAAGUUGCAUUUGGGUUGCCAUACCUGUUGGUUGAGUUAUUUUACAUUGGUAUGCCUGUGGAGCGGACGGACGGUCACGUGAUUACCAAAAUUUAUCGGAUGGGUAGAUUACCAAAUUUUCCGCGCUCACCCAUGGUGCUCCGCUAAUGAGCCAACAUAUUCAGAGCUCGACUUCCAGUGAGCAAUAUUUGAAAUAAUAUCGCCUCCCUCCGAAUAAUUACCUCUCCUUGAAUAAUCCCCCCUCCUUUUGAUGCCAAAACCGAACUAAUCGCCCCCCCUGCUAUUAUUCGAGGAAAUACGGUAUUCCUUACUUCAUUUUUUAAACCGAAGGUUUUCUCUUUUGAGCAGAAUAGUUUUUUUCUAGCUAAACCGAGUCGCAUGCAUAUUUAGAGUAAGAUAGCACAAACUCUUGCCAUCCGAACCAACUCAACCAAGAGAAAAGGAAGAAAAAGCAUGUGCAGAUAAAUUCCAAAACAUGGCCUGCAUUUAUAUACACGAAGAGAGGAAAAUAACAAUUCGCAUGUACCUGUAUUGUUGUACCUGUAUUUUGAAAUAAAACGUGCAUUAAAUCUAAAAAAAGAGCAAGAAAAAGAAUUUCGCGGGGCGUCUCGGGUCUGAAAAUUUUCAUUCGCAGCUAACUAGCUGGAAUCAAAAAUUUAGCUUGGCACUAUAUCAGGGAAUGACCAGCCUUGGAAUGUAAAUAUUCCUACAAAGUUUGGUGCUUGUAUCAAAAAUCGCAUAAUUUUCUAGCUAAGUCGCCGGACUAAGAAUAGAAGACUGUUUCAUUAAGUAGAAUCGCACGUAAAAACCUCGUAAAUUAUGAUGAUGCAAAUAUCUACCACAAUGAUGAACGUCGUGACAUUUCUCAACUAUUCGGUAUUCGACAAACCCCAUUAGAAUAAAUAUCCUAAAAAAAAUAGUGGAUAGUUUUUUUCGCGCGCUCUGACUGUCUUCUCAAACUCGGGAUAUUAUACAACUAUCCUCUGUGGGGGAGGUGAGUAGUGGUGGAUAUACCAUACCAUAUAUGUUUGCUACCGUAAGAUAACGAAACGAUUUCACAAAUAAACAAAGAAACUGUUCCUGGCAACACGAAGAAAGCGACGAAAUUCGGUUUGGCUGUUUUUACAAGUAACACCUUGUCUGUUUAACCUGAAUUUAUCGAUGAAACUGGUGAAAAAGAUCUUUGUUUACAAAUGUAAAUUAAGUUUUGCGUUACUCUAUUUAGCUGUCAUGUUCAUAAAUAACCUUAAAGCUAAAGCAAAUGGUGUUUUAUUAGAACAGGAGAAUGGUUUCAAAUACAGAAGAAUUCUCAAUUCCUUUGGAAGGAAUGUCUCCGCAAAAUCUAAACAAAUGCCUUUCAAUGUUGUAUUUGCGGGCAGGAAAACGUGACGGCCGUAAAGUCAAAAGCGCGCCAAAACUGUAAUCGUUGGCAGUAAUAAACGAAUUGAAAAUCAUCUUUUUUUUGUGCUCAAUUAUUUCACUUGAUUAUAUGGCAAUAAUAUUACGCGCGCUCUGAUUGGCUGCUAAGCAAACAUCAUUUUCUUGUAAUGACCGGGCAUUUCUAGAUAUUUGUCCAAUCAGUGUUUGACUUGAUAGUGGGCAUCCUUAUGGACAUCUAUGUUGUCAACUGACAGCUGUCAAAAAGGGUAUCCGCUGACCAGUGUCACAUGACUGUAUCGCGGGCUGAAAUGCACAACUUAUUGAGGCUACGUUUUUUUUAAGUUAUCUGAUGGCCACUUAUUAGUUUUUAUUGAUAGCAGGUUCAGGUGUAUGAUGAAAAGGCUAUCUUAUAAAUAACUUAGUAACCUCGUUCGUUCGGUCAUUACAGGGAAAUCUCAGACCGAAGCCUUGAUGUAUUGACUGAGCGAUAGCAGUGACGUGUUUUUUAAAGUUAUCCUCUGAACAGUUAUUAGUUUUAAUUGAUCGCAAGCGCAGGUCUAUAAUGCAGCUAUUCUUGGUGUUGGUGUGAUGGUGGUUGCGCUUAUGUGCCACUGUCAAUAUGGUAAUUGGCAGAACGGUUUCAGGUACUAGUUUUUGGUUUUUGUUUUAGACUUGAAGACUUUGACGACAAGGCAGCCAAAGUUGGCAUUACUGAGUGCACCCAAAAACCAACACCAUAUGAUCAUCCGGGAAAUUGUCAAAUCAAGUUCUGGGAUUUGCCUGGAAUAGGGACCCAAACAUUCCCUGUGGAGACGUACUGCGAUCAAGUGCAAAUUAACAAGUACCACGCCUUUCUCAUAAUUACUGAUACCCGAUUCCGCGAGAACGACUUCAAACUGGCAGAGAAAAUUAACUCGAUUAACAAGAAGUUUUUCUUCAUUCGCACCAAAAUUGAUGAAAAUGUCCGAGCCGAGAAGCGGUCAAAGCCCCCAGGAUCAUUUAACGAAGAGGACAUGCUUGAGGAAAUCCGAGCUGAUUGUUCGAAAAAUCUGGGUGACUUGAUGAGCAACAAAGAAGACAUAUUUCUGAUAAGCAAUUACCAUCCUGCAAAGUGGGAGUUCGAUCGACUGAGAAAAGCCAUUCUAGAUGUGCUGCCGAGGUGCCAACGAGAAAGUUUAACUAUGACCCUUGGCGUUCUAAAAAGCCUGUCAACUGAAAUGGUAAAGAGGAAAGUGGAAGUUCUCAGGGGGCGUAUUUGGAUGGUUGCUUCAGCGUCUGCCGCCGCCGCAAUGGUUCCCAUCCCUGGAUUGUCCGUGGCAGUUGACAUUGGGCUGAUGAUAAAAGAAAUCACAUUUUACAGAACCCAGCUUGGUCUUCCUGAAGAAGGAUCUGAUGAAUUUGCAAACCUACACGUCAACACCCAAGACGAUGUUCGUAAGGUGUGUCUAACAACUGCAACUCAACUCAGCGGGUUCUUAGCAGCUUAUGCCGCAGAAGCGAGUGCUGAGGAAUUUACACGUUUUAUCCCGUUGAUAGGUCUGGUUAUAGCUGGCGGAAUGUCAUUUGCUACUACAUACUAUGGUCUCCAGCACUGUUUGGAAGAAGUGGAGAAAGUAGCCUUAACAGUCCUUGAUGAAGCUGCCCAGAAAUCAGCUAACAGGCGC